GAGUACAGAGAUGGGACUGAGCUUGGUGGGUGCGCAGCACGCUUUGGGAACCUCAUCCGGCUUCAGAAGGUGAACCUGCCAUUGAAAACGUUUUAUACUCAGUAGCAUUCAAGCUUUGGCAACCUCAGAUGAAGUACGAUGUUUUACCGGCUCAAUUUGGAGACCAACGUAGGCUAGACCUGUAGCAUGGACAGCGACGAGGCCCGAAAAGGGUUACAGGAAGCCCCAGAGAGGACAUUCCCUGUAUUCUUCAGAGGAAAACUGGGGGAGAAGCUCCAUCAGGAGACCCCCGGGUUUGACCUGUUGGACCCCAACAUGAGAGUCAUGGAUGUUAGUUAUAACUGCCUCCACGACAAACACCUGAAGAGUUUUUUCCGCCAUCCGGAAAGGAAGAAGCGGCUGGUGAAGCAAGGCCUCAUCACCUCAAAUGAGAAGGUGCUGUGUACGUGUAAAGAGUACAAUCGCUACAGUAGCUACAUCAAGUCAGUUCAGUUGCUGUGGGAGAAGCAGUGCUGUGCCCAGCAGAAAAAUCUUUUGAAGCAGUUCCUAGUCUUGCAGCAGCAAGGGGAGGUUCCUUCCCACAUCUUACUGACGGAUAUUAGAGAAUGGCUCAUUGCCAAGGGUAGAAACUACUUCAAGAACACGUUUCAGAGUGAAAUGGAAGAGGGGAAGAACCUUCACUUGGCCGAACUGGCUUGGGAUGUGAAACGACGCCUCAGGCUUGAGGAGCUGGAAAGAGAAGUGUGCAGGGAGCUGCGCCUGGCGCGCCGAAUCCGCUGGUCGGUGAUUGGACAGCCUGGUAGCCAGAUGGGAGAUUGGAGACCCCUGGGCAUGGAGACACACACACCUCUGGUAAUGGACUCUCCCUUCAAACACUCCACCUCCUCGAUGGACACUCUUUCCAGUCAGAUCUCGACUAAGAACCUCGAGGUUGCUAGGCUACAUACUGCCAGACCACGUUAUGCCAGACCACCAACUGAAAGACCUAGCAGUGACUCUGAUCACUCUGGAACCUUGUCGACUGUGACGACCUGCUCACCACAUUCAGCUAGCCCGUCAGUG